AAAGCAAAAAAAAAAAAAAGCAAAGACCUCCCUCCAUUCUCUCCCUCCUUUCUUUCUCAUUGUCUGGUCUUCUUGGACAAAGCUCGAUCCAUCAUCUCUGCCAUUUUUCACUUCUUUACAACUCAAUCACAGAUCAGACAUGUCAUCCAAUACCGCUGUAACAAGUCGCAUCGACAGACGUCUCUCUGCUGGAGACCCCACCAGCCAAUACAACCAGUAUUUAAAACAGCAGCAACUGCAAGUACAACUACAUCGAUCCUCAGCAAAAAUACCUGGAGGAUCACGUCGCCACUCCCAUGUAGUCUACUCUACUCAAUUACCCUUGCCAUCUUCAGCCGAGUCCACUCAUGGCUCGAGCAGUAGUAGCAGCUCAAGCAGUAGUAGCUCAUCUACCAGUUCCAAAAAUUCAUCCCAUGAACAGGGUUAUGAACCCAUUCGAUACACGCUUUCCGACAAUCCUGUGCGACUACCACCUCCGAGACAGCCUGCUCACAGAUCAAAGCUCUCCAAGCAGUAUACACCCUCUGAGUCCGAAGAAAGUGAUGAUGAACCAUUAGGCUUGGCCCAAGCUUCACGACGCUCUAGAUACUUGGCUAACCAGCCCAUUGAACCGAACGACAAUAUCGACAGCAACACUAAAAACAAUAGUAGUGCGGCUGAAAGUCUUCGAGCUAUCUCGAGGUUGAACAUGACUCAAAGUAUGGGCAAAUCGGAUGGAAAUGAAAGUGCUGACACUGCCUCGCCGAAAAAUGCUACAAAAAAACUCACCUUGGUUAAAAGAAUAUCACGCCUCUUUGGCAGCGGAUCCAAAGAUUCCAAAAAAGCGGAAUCUGCCAUAACGGAAACUGCCUUGAACAGUAAUGUCAAGAAUGAUCAGCGCAGCAGUCUGAUCACACCAAACUCUUCAAAGCAUUCGAUUGAAGUUAUUGAAGAGCCAAGGGGAUCGGAGAUGCCCGACGAGCUUUCAGCUCCCGCUGGUACCUUCUAUGGGCGAUCGUUAUCGUCACCUGAUGUACGUAAAGUAGGCAUAGCCAACAGCAGCACAGAAAUCUUGGCCAGCGCUCCUCAAGCGUCAGCGGGACAUUCUAUCCGCAAUUCGACCUUACUGGAAAGUCACAACCGCAAGGCACGCGACAGUGGCUUUGGAGACAUGGAGAUCCAAGGACAACAUCGCCGGUAUUCCAGUGCCAUAUCUAUGGUUGGAGUGACCGCUCGCACAUCCUACCCAAAGCUUGACCAUGGCCAAAGACAACGCUCGUCAUCUUCCCCACUUGUUGGAGGGGAAAUUUUGUACAUAGACCAACCAGUCUCGAACCAUAGCCAGAACCAUCUACCUAAACAGCCACUUCGGACACCGGACUCGCCUUCGCAACAUCCGUUUUCAGACGCAACGGGACGACCAGGCACAACUAUGGGAGACCCUCUCCGCCCGCGGAGGACCACCUUGAUGGAUGGUUCCGUUCGUGAUUUACCUCCGCAUCUUACUACCACAGGAAGGAGAAGUAGUACUCCAGUGGCCAUCCCUGAGACAUUAGUGUCCAGAAUCGACAGAGAAAAAUCAACUGUUUGCUUCCAGGCCCCCGCGUCUCGAAGAGAAUCUUACUUGCGCGAUCCAAACUUGGAUCCUGCACUAUCAAGCCUAGUCCAGCAACAUCGCCGCGACUUCCAGAUCAAUGCUCGCCUUGGAGGGACUGGUGCUGUUCCUCAGUCAGCCGCAGCUUCUCAACAGCAGCAGCAAAAUGAUUCAGGUCUGAUGAUUGAUUCGCAACUAGCCAACAAUAUCCGCGACAUUCGUAUAUCUAAUCCUAGAAGAGAUUCCUAUAGUUCACAAUUAAGCAACUCUCCACUCCAUCAUCCCGUCAACACUGCCCCUCCCACACCGCCUACACCGGCAACACCAGGGCCCUAUCUCUUAGAUGUCAACCCGCGUCGGUUAUCAAAUAGCCACCACCAAAUGAGCCACCCAUAUCCCACUGGACAACGGUCUUCGUUCUCGGGAAAUCAUGGCAAUUUAUUACAUGCAGCUGCAAAUGCUUCUGCAAAGCAACAUCAGCUGCAGCAACAACAACAUCAACUGCCCUCACCACAGGUUACACCACAAGGGACAUACACUGGGGGCCAAGGACGCCAUCGUGCUUCUCCUCACCGACAAUCGAGUGCCAGCUAUUUUAAUUUGCCACAACAGCAGCAAAUGUACGUAACGUCAUCUACUAAUAUCUCGCCACAUCUCAGUCCAGUUCAUGGAGCGGCGCCUUUGACUUGCAAUAAACACGAGCUCUCUGUUGCUAUACAGCAUCAACAAAAUCAACAGCAACAGAUGCAGCUCCAAUUCCAACAGCAGCAACAAUUCCAACAACAGCAACUUCAGCAGUUGCAGCAACAACAGCAGCAGGUGCAAGUACAGCAACAGCAACAGUACUAUCAAGCGGUAUCCCCAUUAGCGCUACUGCAGCAGCAACAUCCUAUUACGGUCCAGCAAUUGCAGCUGGAGCAACUACAGCAAUUCCGCAUCCAACAGCAGCAGCUCUUAUUGCAGCAGCAGCAGCAGCUUCAGCAGCAGCUAGAACAAACGCGUGCAGCUGUUGCGGCUUCUGCAGCUCAGGCAGCAGUUGUAGCGGCGCAAAUAAUACCGACCUCUACCAUAAACUCGACCUCACUCACCCCAACUGAGGCCACAUCUACAGAAAUGGCCAUGUCAAUUAACACCACUGAGAUUGCUACUACUGAUGCGGCGCCAACAGCAGUAUCAGUAACAACUACACAGGCACAGCAACAGCAAGUCAUGGUCAGUAAUUUUCCGCUCCACUUUGCCCUCCCUGCAGCUCCAGUUUUGACGACGACUAUGGGCGUGGGUAUGGGGAUGGGAUUGGAAUUGGGUGUUAAUCCAUCGACCAUGGACAUUAUGAAUGCAGGUGUCCCCGUUCCUGUUUCUCUUCCUAUGAGCGUGGGUGUGAACACACUAGGUGGUUAUAGGCAGGCAAUGGUUGCUACUACACAGUUGACUCCACAAUUGACUCCGCAGCUUAUGGGAUAUCCAACCACUACGCCAUUGUACGCCUAUCAACAACAGCAGCAAGUACAACUGCAGACACAGCAACUGCAACAAAUGCAAUAAAGACAAUUAAGAAAAUACCCCAUAUCCUCAAGUUGACUCCUUCUUCUUUUUUUGAGUGCCGAGAGGUACAAAACGAGGAGACUAAGUUGAUCAAUUAAUUGGUAAAAUAUAUAUAUAUCUUUAGUGGCAUCGAAUCAGCUCCUGCAAAACACCGAUAUAGGUCAUGGAUCUUGUAUAUUAAUAUCAUAAUAAAACAAUCCUAG